AUGGGUGUUAUAAAUCACCAGAAUCUAACUGAGAUCGACCUGUCUUCUUCAUAUAAACUGAUAAGGGAGAUAGACAUUAUAGGCCUGGCUAGCAAGACACCCCUGGACUCUCUCUCUAUCAUGGUAACCAUGCCAUCGCCGGUUAAGGCCCAACUGAAAGAGCCAGCAGUACAGGAUUUCAUCAGGAGAAACCAAACCUUUGACUUGAUGAUCAUCGAGCGUCUGUCUUACCAAGGUUACUAUGGACUGCACCACAAGGUUGGUUCCCCACCGCUCGUCGGCUUCGUGACGUUGUCUGCAUACUCGCCUGUGUAUUACGCCUUGGGGAAUCCCAUGAAUCCAGCCUACAUCCCAGAAAUCUUGGUGGGCUUUUCUGAUCACAUGAACUUUUGGCAGCGCAUGUACAACACGUUCUUUGCACUACGUUUCCACUAUAUGUGGUUCUACGAACUACUUCCGCUACAAGAAACGAUUAUGAGGGAACAUUUCGGAGCGGAACCACCUUCUGUUUACGAAACGGAGCGCAACUACAGCCUACUCAUAGUCAACAACCACUUUACCACGGAGUAUCCACGGCCACAUCUACCGAGCGUCAUAGAAGUCACUGGACUCCACGUAUCGACCAAGGUUGAACGAUUACCAGAGAACAUACAGAAAUUCAUAGACGGAGCCGAACACGGCGUCAUCUACGUCAGUCUUGGAUCCAACGUCCGGAGCAACGCACUGCCCCAGGAGAAGUUCCAGGCUUUUCUGGAGGCGUUCAGACAGCUGCCGCAACGCGUCCUCUGGAAGUGGGAGAACGACACACUGACUUCACAGCCGCAGAACGUGAUGGUCAGCAAGUGGAUGCCGCAACAAUCCGUGCUGGCUCAUCCAAACGUCCGCCUCUUCAUUACGCAAGGAGGUCUUCAGAGCAUGAACGAGGCGACGUACCACGCUGUUCCCCUUGUGGUCAUACCUUUCUUCGCCGACCAGCCGUUCAACGCCGCCAAGAUUUCGCAGGCGGAGAUUGGAGUCAGGCUGGACUACCCUGACCUCACUAAGGACAACCUGCUGGCCGCCGUACGAACCGUUUUGGAGGAAUCAAAAUACAAAGAUAAUAUGAAGACGCUGUCGGCUGUGUUCCGCGAGCACAAGGCGGACUCUCUGGAGCGUGCCGUGUGGUGGAUCGAGUACGUGAUCCGCCAUAAGGGAGCCCCUCACCUGCGGAGCGCAGCCCUCGACCUGCACUGGUGGCAGCUGCUGCUGCUGGACGUGGUCGCUUUCGUUCUGGCGGUCGCCACUCUCACACUCUACGUCGUCUACUUCGUCACGCGGCGGAUAAAUCACCAGAAUCUAACUGAGAUCGACCUGUCUUCUUCAUAUAAACUGAUAAGGGAGAUAGACAUUAUAGGCCUGGCUAGCAAGACACCCCUGGACUCUCUCUCUAUCAUGGUAACCAUGCCAUCGCCGGUUAAGGCCCAACUGAAAGAGCCAUCAGUACAGGAUUUCAUCAGGAGAAACCAAACCUUUGACUUGAUGAUCAUCGAGCGUCUGUCUUACCAAGGUUACUAUGGACUGCACCACAAGGUUGGUUCACCACCGCUGGUCGGGUUCGUGACGUUGUCUGCGUUCUCGCCUGUGUAUUACGCCUUGGGGAACCCCAUGAAUCCAGCCUACAUCCCUGAAAUCUGGGAGGGCUUCUCUGAUCACAUGAACUUUUGGCAGCGCAUGUGCAACACGUACUUUGCACUACGUUUCCACUAUAUGUGGUUCAACGAAAUACUUCCGCUACAAGAAACGAUUAUGAGGGAACACUUCGGAGCGGAACCACCUUCUGUUUACGAAACGGAGCGCAACUACAGCCUACUCAUAGUCAACAACCACUUUACCACGGAGUAUCCGCGGCCACAUCUACCGAGCGUCAUAGAAGUCACGGGACUCCACGUAUCGACCAAGGUUGAUCGAUUACCAGAGAACCUACAGAAAUUCAUAGACGGAGCCGAACACGGCGUCAUCUACGUCAGUCUCGGAUCCAACGUCCGGAGCAACGCACUGCCCCAGGAGAAGUUCCAGGCUUUUCUGGAGGCGUUCAGACAGCUGCCGCAACGCGUCCUCUGGAAGUGGGAGAACGACACACUGCCUUCGCAGCCGGAGAACGUGAUGGUCAGCAAGUGGAUGCCACAACAAUCCGUGCUGGCUCAUCCAAACGUCCGCCUCUUCAUAAUGCAAGGAGGUCUCCAGAGCAUGAACGAGGCGACGUACCACGCUGUUCCUCUUGUGGUCAUACCUUUCUUCGCCGACCAGCCGUUCAACGCCGCCAAGAUUUCGCAGGCGGAGAUUGGAGUCAGGCUGGACUACCCUGACCUUAGUAAGGACAACCUGCUGGCCGCCGUACGAACCGUUUUGGAGGAAUCAAAAUACAAAAAUAAUAUGAAGACGCUGUCGGCCGUGUUCCGCGAGCACAGGGCGGACUCGCUGGAGCGUGCCGUGUGGUGGAUCGAGUACGUGAUCCGCCAUAAGGGAGCCCCUCACCUGCGGAGCGCCGCCCUCGACCUGCACUGGUGGCAGCUGCUGCUGCUCGACGUCGUCGCUUUCGUUCUGGCGGCCUCCGCUCUCACACUCUACGUCGUCUACUUCGUCACGCGGCGGAUACUUUCCUUCUUCAAAGGCAGCAAACCGAACCAGAAACAGAAGAAACAUUGA